AUGGGAGAGAAGCAUGGAAAUAAUACUGAAGUAGGAGAGAAGCGUGGAAAUAAUACUGAAGUGGGAGACAAUCAUGGAAAUAAUACUGAAGUAGGAGAGAAACGUGGAAAUAAUACUGAAGUAGGACAGAAGCGUGGAAAUAAUACUGAAGUAGGAGAGAAGCGUGGAAAUAAUACUGAAGUAGGAGAGAAGCGUGGCAAUAAUACUGAAGUGGGAGAGAAUCAUGGAAAUAAUACUGAAGUAGGAGAGAAACGUGGAAAUAAUACUGAAAUAGGACAGAAGCGUGGAAAUAAUACUGAAGUAGGAGAGAAGCGUGGAAAUAAUACUGACGUAGGAGAGAGGCAUGGAAAUAUAAGCCACAAAGCAUUAUACAAAAUGAUAAUGUUUAUAUCGCAUGGGAUCAACCAUUACUAA